UCGCUGUGCACUAGUAAGAAGGCUUCAUCUCCAAAUAGGAUGACCAGCAGCUUUUGUUAGGGGGACUGAGUUCGGUUGCCACGAAUGGUUCGGAACGCUCCAUUGUUAAUUCUUGAACGCCAGGUUGGUCCUGCUCAGUUUUCUCAAAUGAGUUUUUAAAACCGCUGGGUUUCAAGUGUAUUUCCGAUGGAUAUUCCGAUUUGAAGAGGUGCGUAGCCUACAAGAGCGGCAUGUAACAAAAAAGCACCAAGAGGUUUAGAAAAGUAGCGUUCGCAUAGUUUUUUCUCUCUCUCGAAAUGAGCACUGUCUGAACUGCCUUUUGAGCAUUCGUUUUAAUGGAUUAAAGGAAGAGCAACACAUUUACCCCAAGGCAUAUCCAUUCAUGAGCUGAAGGCUAAAGUAAAGAAGUUAUCGAGGAAGGAACCAGCAGUGCUACAAUGAGGUCUGAGGCCUUGUUGCUGUAUUUCACGCUGCUGAAGAUCGCAAGGGCUGGCUUCCCGGAAGACUCUGAGCCAAUCAGUAUUUCACAUGGCAACUAUACAAAGCAGUAUCCGGCUUUCUUUGGACACAAACCUGGAAGAAACAAUACACAACGGCACAAACUGGAUAUCCAGCUCAUCAUAAUAAUGAACCGAACGCUGUAUAUCGCUGCCAGGGAUCACAUAUACACGCUGGAUACAGACACCGCCAACUCCGAGGAGAUCUUUUUCAGCAAGAAACUGACAUGGAAGUCCAGACAGGCAGAUGUGGACACCUGCCGUAUGAAGGGGAAGCACAAGGAUGAAUGUCACAAUUUCAUCAAGGUCCUCCUGCAGCAAAACGAUGACACCUUGUUUGUGUGCGGAACAAAUGCUUUCAACCCCUCCUGUAGAACGUACAAGAUGGACACCAUGGAACAUCUAGGGGAGGAGAUCAGUGGGAUGGCGCGGUGCCCAUACGAUGCCAAACACUCUAACAUCGCCCUGUUUGCGGAUGGAAAGCUCUACUCCGCAACAGUAACAGAUUUCCUAGCGAUUGAUGCAGUCAUUUAUCGUAGCCUUGGAGAUAGCCCAACUUUGCGCACUGUCAAACAUGACUCCAAGUGUCUCAAAGAGCCGUAUUUUGUACAGGCAGUUAACUACGGUGACUUCAUCUACUUCUUCUAUCGAGAAAUUGCCAUGGAGUACAACACAAUGGGAAAGGUGGUGUUCCCCCGUGUGGCCAGGGUGUGUAAGAGCGACCGGGGCGGCUCCCAGAGAGUUCUGGAGAAACAGUGGACGUCCUUCCUGAAGACCCGUCUCAACUGCUCCAUCCCGGGAGACUCCCACUUCUACUUCAACAUCCUGCAGGCCGUCACCGACGUCAUCCACAUCAACGGACGCGACGUUGUCAUGGCAACCUUCUCCACACCUUACAACAGCAUUCCUGGGUCGGCUGUCUGCGCCUAUGACAUGGCUGAGGUGGCCAAUGCGUUCAUGGGACGUUUCAAAGAGCAGAAGUCCCCUGAUUCCACCUGGACACCUGUUCCUGAGGAUAAAGUUCCAAAACCAAGGCCCGGGUGCUGUGCUGGCUCUUCGUCCUUAGAGAAGUACAAGGUGUCCAACGAGUUCCCUGACGACACCCUGAACUUCAUCAAGCAGCACCCUCUCAUGGAUGAAGCUGUUCCCUCUAUCGCUAACAGGCCCUGGUUUCUCAAGACCAUGGUGCGAUACCGGCUCACCCGGAUCUCCGUGGACAACGCUGCGGGACCCUAUCGGAAUCACACUGUCGUUUUCCUGGGCUCGGAGAAGGGGAUCAUUCUGAAAUUCCUGGCCAAGAUGAACAGCGGUUUGCUGAAUGACAGUCUCUUUCUGGAGGAGCUCAACGUGUAUAACCCGGAGAAGUGCAGCAUCGAUGGUGUGGACGACAAACGUAUCGUCAGCAUGCAGAUCGACAACCAGGGCCACUCUCUGUUUGUGGCCUUCACCUCCUGUGUGGUCAAGGUGCCGCUCUCUCGCUGUGAGAGGCAUGGCAAAUGCAAGAAAUCAUGUAUUGCCUCCAGGGAUCCCUACUGCGGCUGGGUGUCCGAAGGAGCAUGCAGACAGGUGGUGCUCGACCCAAAAUCGGCCUUCGAGCAGGACGUGGAGCAUGGCAACACAGAUGGACUGGGAGACUGCCAAAAUACGUUUGUGGCCCUCAACGGCCAUCCCACUCUCCCAUUCCCCACCACGGCCCAUCCCCCUGCAGGAGGACCACUGGGUCGGGGCGGCAUGGUGGAGCAGGCGGACACCCCCAUGCCCUCAGAUAACAGGGACCCCUAUAUGGCAGUGCCCUCUCAGACCCAGCAGGAUGCCAAUGGAGUUAUCCGCGAGAGUUACCAGAAGGGGCGUGACCAGCUGGUCCCUGUCACACUGCUGGCCAUCGCUGUCAUCCUGGCCUUUGCCAUGGGUGCCAUCUUCUCUGGUAUCCUCGUCUACUGUGUGUGUGACCACCGGCGACGAGACAUUGAGCUGUCUGGGCGUAAGGACAAAGACCACGACAGGAGGGGCUCCAUGAACAGCGUGACCAAGUUGACAGGCCUGUUUGAGACCGGGGCCAAGGACAGUCGCCCUGAGGCCAUCCUCACCCCGCUCAUGCACAACGGCCGCCUCACCAAUGGUAAAAUUCUGAUCAAAGCCGACCAGCACCACCUGGACCUGGCUGGCAUGCCCACCCCAGAGUCCACCCCCAUGCAGCCCCGACGCAAGCCCAGCCGGGGAAGCCGCGAGUGGGAGAGGAACCAGAAUCUGAUCAAUGCCUGCACCAAGGACCUGCAAACCAUGGGCACCCCAGUCAUCCCCACUGACCUGCCCCUGAGGGCCUCCCCAGGCCACAUCCCCAGUGUGGUAGUGCUUCCCCUGCCACAGCACCAGCAUCAGCAGCCCUACCAGCAUGAGUAUGUAGAGCAGCCCCACCGCAGCGACCUCAGCCAGAUGAGCCUGGGUGACCAGGGUGCCACACUGGAGUACAAGGCCCUAAAGAGCCCCUGCCACAGCCUCAACCUGGUGGAGAGCGACGGACUGCCGCCCCGAGUGCCCCAAAGGGAGGCCUCCCUCACCAUCCCCCCUGCCGUGCCCCAGAUGGGCAAGCGGCUCGAGGUGCACUCCUCUGUCUAUGGCCAUGAGUACAAGCGGGGCUACCCGAUGAGUGCCCAGAAAGGCUCUGCCCUCAAAAAGCACAACACCAACUCAUCCAACUCCUCUCACCUGUCCAGACACCAAAGUUUUAACCACGUGGAGUCGCCGCCCCCCGCCCCACAGAGGGUGGACUCCAUGCACAUGAAUUCCCAGGGGAUGUUCCACUCCCGACAGCCCAGCAUGAGCUCUUACGGUUCAUUGCCCCGGACCGGGGUCAAACACCUCAAGCCUGACGUACCGCCCAAACCCUCUUUAGUGUCCCUCUCAACGAAAGUCAAUUCCAAUGACUCCUGCACAUAAUCAGCACGCUCAGAAUACAGAACAGGAAACACAAUUGCAUCUCCUUUUGUCCUUGGUCUGUGUACAGCAAACACAACACACUUUUUAAAAGAUUUCUUUUCUUUUAUAUAUAUGUAAAUAUUCUACAAAUGGUUGAUGUUGAGCUCAGGCUGUUGACUCCCAGUUCCCCAGAAACACGGAACACUUGCUACUGAGAAGAAAAUUACUUUCAUGAAUAUUUAAUUGACAAGCAACAUGUCACCCCUGUAGCAUUCAAGACAGUGGCUGUGUUGGACUUUUGAACACUAUGACUUGACUGAUGUUUUGUUUUCUUAACUGACUGCUAAACGCACAUAGACAGUGGGAGAAAAGUGGAGCAAUUAUAUACUGAGGACUGGGGUGUUCUCCCAGCAAGCACUUGGGCACAGCGAGCUCUGACUGGAAUGACAGCUUCAGUUUACGUGGAAAACUGUGAAAUGCCUCUCAGUGUUACAGCUACUGGACACGGCAAUCAAGUUCUGCGUUGGUUGAAAAAAGCCUUGGUCUGAGAAUCUUCUACUGCAUUGGUUACUGAAUAACACAUGACUGUUAAUAGUAAUAGCUUGUUGUAUUUAUUUUUAAUAAGUGCUUUUGAAGAAAAUACUGACAUUUUAGGCUCAGAGAGAAGAGUUAUUUAAAUAUGAAUUAUUCAAGAAUUAAAUUAUUUAAAGUCAAUCAACUGGAGCCAGUACAACUUUCUUGACACAAAAGGUCCACUAGGUCUUCUAGCGCCUUGGGUUUUUGAAGCUUGGGAUAUAUGUGACCUCUUUAUGGAGGAUAUAUUUAUUUAACUGUGCCAGAUGGGACCUACAUGAUGGAGCAGAACCUCCCAUGUUAAAGAAGUCAGAAAAAUACAAAAAACAGAACUCCUGAAACUCACUCCCUCGAUCACUCCUCCAUGGGCAUCUCCAUACGUUUGGCACUGUGGUUUUGCAGUCAGUCUCUCUCUCCCGGUUGGCUUCUGGCUCACUGUGUAUUAACAAGGUUCACUCUUGCAUAUAAACGUGCAAAGGGAAUAAAACGUGGAAUUCCACACAUGAAAAAGAGAAGCGUGAGGAUGUUGGGCGCUCUGCCAGGUGUGGAGAGCGGCCAUUUUGGCAGGUACUGAAAUGUCUUGUUUUCUCUAGGCGCGUCACGCAGUCCUCUGAUUGAAUUACAUCUGUUGAUAGCCUGUUUCACUUCCACAUGUAAAGUUGUGCCUUACACCCUGAGUAGUGACAUUUUCUUUAGCUGGUAACUAUGUCUCCUCUUUGUAUUUUCUUAUGUCAUCUUUCACUGGUUUGAUAAAGGCAAAUAAAGAAUGUGUUCUUGUUGUAAUUCUGUUCCCUAGAAAUAUACAGACAUAUUCUUCUUUGUGGUUCAUUUCUGAUAGUGCCAAUGAUGCGCUUAAAGCAACCCUUUUUGUUGUGCUGGCAGUGUCGAUGAUGUUGUUGUGUGUGGAAUUUUUUACUUUGCUGUUCGAUUGGAGGGAUUCAUGGUUGUUCUUGAAAUGGCCUCUUAGGGUCUUGCUGGUGCACAGCAAUAAUCAAACACUAACAUAUGAAAAACACACCAGUAGACUGUACAGACAUGGCACCAGGUUCCUAGUGUACACGAUAACACUUCAGUUUCUAGGCAGUGAAAAGCAGGCUGGUUCCUGUGAUAGAAAAGAGUUUUUUUUAAAUUAGGAGACGUUUUUUAAAAACACAUGUUCCAGGACGAUUAGAGUAAUUUAAUUUGUACUAACUCUCUUUAUCAAUGUCUUAUGAAUGACAGUUUCAUUGACCAAUCUGAUCACAUUUUCAUUGAUCACAUCUCCCCAAAUCAACAGAGCACUCCUUUAGUAUUGUGUGUAGAUAGGUGAGUUUCUUGAUCUCAAGCAGAUUUCCAUUUACAAUGGUGGAAAGCCAACUAUUUCUCAUCCACAGCCAAUGCAAGAAGAACGAGUAAGAUAGUUCCACUUCUGAGGCAUAUACAGUAUGUGUUAAUUGAACUAACGUGUACAUAGAAGCUUAUAGGGUUCGAUUGCAGCGACUGCGACAUGCAUCAUGAUCAGAUUAGGUUUAGUAAAGGGAAGGUCAUUUGAACUUUCCACCCCAAUAGUGCAGAUUGCAUCUCUAGCCACGGUUGACAUGGCUACUGUGAACAGUGUGUCUCUUUGGUGUGUGUGUGCCUUUGUCUGUCACCCUUGCUAUACACUGCUAGAUGCAACUGAGACAGACUCAACUCGUUUUGAACUUUGUAAGCUUGUAAGAUAUUGUGAUGUCACACGUUUUUUUGUUGCCCUACUCCACUUAACAUCUGAUUCACAGCUUAAUGUAUGUUGUAAAAAAAAACAUUCUCUUUAAUAAAUGCAAAAUGUAAUAAAAAAAAUAAUAUU